AUGAGUGAUGAUGAAUUAAGCGAUCUCGAAGAUCUUGAGUCUAAUCUGAAAGAUAUAGACCCGACUAUGAAGUCGGAGACGCUUGUUUCAGCAGUCCGAUCUUUGCCCGGCACUCAGAUUACACCACCUUCUCACCUCAUUCUUCCAUUAGAGGCGCGCGACAUACUGAACAUGGAGACAUUUUCUCCGAUCAUGCAAGAAAGCUUUACCCGGUGCAUGUAUCAAAAAGAGGAUGUAUUCAAGUUGAUGGACGUGUAUUUUACCCACCUUAACCUUUUGCGACACCCGAUUCCGAAAGAUAUCAUUACACAGGCAUUGUCGGGAAUAUACACAAGUAACGGCAUCAUCAAUCAAGAAAAUCUCACUCAGUUCAGCUUAAUUUCGGCAAUCCUUGCUGUAACCACUGUUUUUUUGUUGGUCUCGCAUCCGGAGUAUCUAAGAGAUCUGAAUCUAGACAUUUCUAGAUUCAACUUUGAUGCCUCGCGGCGCUUGUCGAAUGCAUCCAAAAUUGCAUGUGGUACAUCGCAGGGCUUGAACCGCGAAGAUACAAAUACCAUAUUCACCUAUGUUGUUCUGUCCCGCUACUUUUUCGUCACUGGAAGCCUCACGCGAUCUUGGGCUUGUGUUGUUGACAUGGUCCGCCUCUCGUUUUCCCUGGGACUUCAUCGAGAUGGAGCAGAAUAUGGUCUCGAUGAGAUUACUUGUGAACAUCGACGCGUGAUUUGGUCUAUCGUAUAUUCCUCAUCGCACAUUUACUGCCUCGGGUAUGGCCGCCCCCCGCUUAUCAAUGACGACUUGGCAGAUACACGCUCCCCGCAACCCAAGACGCCCAUGCAAGACAUCCCGACAGAGAUUCGUCAUUUGUUUGACGACGUGGACCCACCACAUUUGCUUUCGAUUAACAAAGUUAGGUUCCAUUUGACCAAAUUCAUCAGUGUGCUUUCUUUCGAGCUUCACAGCGUUAACAAGUCAUUCUCUUACGCGAAAGUACUCGAACUGCACAAUAACUUUGGCAAGUUUGUCUCAGAGCUGCCAUUCUACUUCCAAAUGUCAUUUCAGAAUGGCUCUGCAGUCAUGUCUUGUGAGUGUGAUGCAUACUUUCCAUUCCUACGAGCACAGCGCAGUCAUCUCUGGUUCGAUCUGUCGUUCUUUACAUUGUCGCUACAUUGUCCCUACUUGCUGCGUAUGCUGAAGAAGGGGCAGUCUCGACAGCGUUACAUGACGUCUUACGAUACUUGCAUGGAGUCAGUUAAACGGAGUUUGUCUAUGCGACGCGAACUACUCAAGUCAGAACAGCAAGAAUCUGGACCACGGAUGAAUCGGACAACCGUGUUGGCUUUUCGAUGGUUCAAUACAACUGUUGUUGCCGGAAUCCUUUUGCUUCUCACACCUAUGGGCUCUGAUGUUGAUAUUUUACGGAGCGGUAUGCAAGAAUUCAUCGAUUGGCGCUUGAGUAGCCAGCAUACUGGCAAUGAACCUGAAAACCUGACAGAUGUGAAUACUAUUCGCGCAUUUCUUGAACAAGACAUGAAGCGUCGAGCACAGUCAGAUGCAUUGAAUGAACUUGAGUCAUCAUCAACGAGCUCGCCCGAGCUGAAGCGCAAACGCCUUCGAGAUGAUGACGAAGUCUCUAAACCUACGAGUGCAAAUGAUGCAAAGGAGUCUACAGACACUGAAUGUUCUCCAUCUAUAAUUCCGCCGCCUGCCAACCACAACCUCCAGACUGACAUUUGGCCUUCAAAUGGUUUGCCGUUCAAUAUGCCAUUUGAAUCCGUCGAAACAUCGAGCCUUUGGCCGGACUGGCAACCCAAUAUGGAAACAGACCAGAGCUCUCAGCAUGAAUCCUCGGGGCCUUUCCUUUACGACAUGCCAGGGAUGCCAUUUGACUUGUCGAGCUCCUCUGCGAAUACGUCUCUACCUUCGUUAAACCUUGGUGGCAUGUUCCGUUUUCCGCAAGUUGCGCCGUACUCGGGGAUGAGUCAGCGAGGGACGGUGCCAUAUUGGUCUAUGGAGGGCGGCAAUACUACGCCGAACGUAUCGGCCCAGGCCCUGGAUUUCGAUUUUGCAAAAAAUGACCAAGAUGCACAGGAUUUGCUAAACUUGUGGUAA